AUGGACAGAAACUCCUACUACGGAGGGGAAGCCGCGUCACUCAACCUUACGAACCUAUACAAGCGCUUUAGACUAGGUGCCGAGCCGCCAAAAAGCUAUGGACCAAAUCGCGACUGGAAUGUGGAUCUCAUACCGAAGUUCGUCCUUGCAGAAGGAACCCUCGUCAAAAUACUGCGCGCAACGGAAACUUCGCACUACCUGGAGUGGCAGGUGCUCGACGGCAGCUAUGUGUACCAGCACCAAAAGGCAACGCUAUUCUACGACGAAAAGUUUAUUCACAAGGUGCCGGCCACGGAUAAGGAGGCGCUCCAGUCGCCACUCAUGGGAUUCUUUGAGAAAACAAGGUGCCACAACUUCUACCGUUUUGUAGCCCAGUUCGACCAGACGGAACCAGAAACGUGGAAGGGUCUCAACCCUUUCAAGGACACAAUCAAAGCCUACUACGACCAUUACGGACUCGAAGAAAACACGGUCGAUUUCCUGGGACAUGCUGUGGCACUACACACGUGCGACGACUACAUGAACGAACCCGCAUUCAUGACCAUUCUCAAAAUGAAGCUGUACAUGGACUCCCUGAUGAGGUUCGGAUCUUCGCCCUUCAUAUACCCCGUAUAUGGUCUCGGAGGUAUACCAGAAGCGUUCUCCAGGAGAUGCGCCAUUUACAAUGGCACGUACAUGCUCAACAAGCCCAUAAACGGCUUCGAAUUCGACAGCGAAGGAAAGGUGUGCGCAGUUAAGACCGCAGAAGGAGAGAGUGCCAAGUGCUCCAUGGUGGUCUGCGAUCCCACUUACGUGGUUCAUACGCUGCCGCACAAGGUCAAGAGCGUCGGAAAAGUUAUUAGAUGCAUCUGCAUCCUCGGCCAGCCCAUUCCAGAUACUAACGACGCAACAUCGUGCCAGGUCAUCAUUCCGCAAAAGCAACUCGACAGGAAGCACGACAUAUACAUCACGCUUGUCUCACAUUCGCACGGUGUCGCCACGAAGGGGAAGUUCAUAUCUCUCAUCUCGACAACGGUGGAGACGAACUACCCCGAAAGAGAAAUAGAACCCGCGCUAAAAAUCAUCGGGCACAUCGAAGAGAAAUUCGUACAGGUCUCAGACAUAUACGUGCCCACAGAUGAUGGUACCAAGGAUAACAUAUUCGUCUCGGAAUCAUACGAUGCUACCUCGCACUUUGAGUCUGCGUCGAACGAUGUGUUGAGAAUGUACCGAGCUAUCACAGGCAAAGAGCUUGAUCUGUCCGUAGUGGACCGCGACGACAAUUGA